AUGUACGACCCGGCGUCGCCAAACAGCUACCGCGAUAUCAAGGUCACCCGCUGGAAGCGUGCACGCGAGGGGGAGUUGGCCAACGACGUUGCACGUGCGCUGGCGGCUGCCGCUGGCGCGAGUCCGUCGCCGUUUGCGCUGCCCGAAUUGACGCUGCCUGUUGGCUCCACUUUUGUUGCACCUGACUCACAACCUGACGCCCUUUCGGGUGGUGCGAGUGGUGGCGGCGUAGACGUGUUGCCACUGAGCCUCAGCGCAGAGGAACUGCACCAGCGCCGCGUACGACAAAGCGCCGCUCUGGGCAUUACUACCGCGGUGAAGCUGGCGCGCGACGAGCUCGAGGCGGAGUACAAGGCGCGCGUUGCCGCGGGCAUGGACCGCAAGGGUCGCAUAGGGCAGAAGUUGGGGAAACUGAUGGAGGUGGCCGUCUCGAAGACCAACAAUAACAAUGACGACAAGAGCAAUGACGCGAAUGCUAACAGCAAUGAAAACAGCACUACCGCCAAUAGUGACGACACAAGGAGUCUUGGUGAUGGGGGUGUAGCUGCCAGCGAGGUGCUGCCACCCUCAGCUCCGGUCAGCAGUGCCCCACUUGUCUUCAAGCGGGCUGACCUCGCGGCGGGUGGCUACGUCGUGAAGGAGGACCGCGGCGCUGCUGACAAGCGACGGUCGAUGCGCGGAAAGCCGAGCUCGACAAUCCUUAUUCGUUUUGUGCGUGAUGGCCCUCCACCAGAGGUGUUCGAUGACGACAACAGCAACAGCGGCGGAGGCGCGGUGCGUAAUGCGUUCCUGGAGAGCAUCCAAGACCAUUGCGGACGCUGUGGUGUGGUGCGUUCCAUGCGGCACGUGCUACUCAGCGACGAGGGGCGAAGGGCCAUUAGGGCUCGACUGCUGGAUACCGGUGCUGCUGACAUCGAUGCUCGUCUCGCACAAGAGGCGGUGCGCGUGCUGGUGCGCUUUGACACUGUGGCCAACGGUUUCAUGGCGCUGGAGUCCCUGCAGCAGCACUUCCCCAAUUGGGAUGUCUGCUUCUUCCCGACUCAGCUGUUCGACGCUGGGGCGCUCGGGCCAGCGGAGGGUGAGCCGUUGUGCAAUUCCUAA